UUUCUCUGGUCUUAUCAGUAACUCCACAAAGCCUAUUCUAUCAAUUAAUAAUUGUGAUAGCAAUGACAUUGUAAAUCUUGAGCAGACGCAGAGUGCUAUUGUUGCAAGUGCAAUAGAGCUACACUCCUUUCCCAAAGUUAAUUCUAAUAUCUCUGAACAUAUAGUCUCACAUAAUGAGGAGUCCACAUUUCCUAUUCCCACAGAAACAAUAUCAUUAGAAGAGAAAGAGGAAACGAAUUUCUGGAUUUGCAGAAUAGGGAAAAGAAAAUUUCAAGAUCAUGACACUCCCUCUAUUAUUACUUCUGAACAAAAAAAUAACCAAUCAACAUUUCAGAAUGCCUGUCCUGACUCGCCGCAAAUUUCCAUCUCACAGAAUAUUUCAGUUGGCACAGAUCUAAUUCCAGGUUCCGUACCUUACUUAACUCGUUUAUUUGACAAGGCCGAAAAAACUGGUCGAAAAGAAAAAUUGCGUGGGUAUUAUUAUAGUGAGGAAAUCGAAAGAAAAGUUAAAACUAAUAGUUUAGAAAAUAAUAUUUCCGAUAAGAUGGCAAGAACAUAG